GACUGGGGGUAGAGGCAUCCAUCGACGAUGUAAAAAAGGAGACUUUUGGGGGGAGGGGGGCGGCGGUGGCGGUUGGGUGCUUGCCUGGCCAAAAAUGAAGGAUGCAGGACGCAGCUCCCUCUUGGAGGCGAACGCAGUGGAGAAACUGACCGCGAGGAGGAAGAAGGAAGGCUGCUUUUGGGGGAGAUCUGGAUCUUAACCCCAAUUGUGUAGAUUGCGCACAGGGAACCUUGAGAAAUGAAUUAAACUACCCGUGUCAGACCCCGCGGGCUUGGUGUGUUCUGACAUCAAUAAAUAAGCCUAAAAAAAAAAAGGAAAAAAAAAAAAAAAAAACAGCUGCUCCCCCCAUUUUUUCCCCUAAAAGGAUGCUUGGAAAAGGAGAAGCCAGGAUCCACGAAGGAAAAGUCUGUUCCCUUUUCUCUAAAACGCAGAAACUAAAACCCGGAUCUAUUUUUGGAAGGAAAAGUUUGGGGCUUUUUUGAGACAAGUCAAGACUUUGGAGAUGGUGGUGGUGUUUUCUUUGCAUUUCGAAUUUCCCACAAGAAGAGAGGAAAUUAAUAAUACAUCUGCAAAGAAAUUUUGGAAAAGAAAAGUUGACCGCGGCAGAAUGAGGCAUUGAUUGGGGGGGCGAGGGGGCAGAGAAACCAGCAGAGCACAGUUGGAUGUGUGCCUUUGUUGACUAAAAUUGACGGAUAAUUGCGGUGGGAUCUUUUCUUCAUCAACCUCUUUUUCUUUUUUUCCUUUCUUUUUGGUGCCAAGAUUAUGCGUUUUUGCUAGUUCUUAAACCACCUGGAUUUCCAUCUGGAUGUGCUGCCAUCAGUCUGAAAUACAAUUGGCAAACAACACAUUGCCUAUUUACAGCAUAGAGACCACAAUGGAGAGCUAGUUUAGAAACAACCUUCCUGUUCCCAGCCUGACACCGGAGAUGACUCUCCCAGGGAUUCACUUCUCUUGCUAUUUGAACUCCAGAAGGACCAACACCAGAUAAAUUAUGAAUGUUGAACAAGAUGACCUUACAUCCACAGCAGAUAAUGAUAGGUCCUAGGUUUAACAGGGCCCUAUUUGACCCCCUGCUUGUGGUGCUGCUGGCUCUUCAACUUCUCGUGGUGGCUGGUCUGGUGCGGGCUCAAACUUGCCCUUCUGUAUGCUCCUGUAGCAACCAGUUCAGCAAGGUGAUUUGUGUCCGCAAAAACCUACGUGAGGUUCCAGAUGGCAUCUCUACCAAUACAAGGUUAUUGAACCUCCAUGAGAACCAAAUCCAGAUCAUCAAAGUGAAUAGCUUCAAACACUUGAGGCACCUGGAAAUCUUACAGCUGAGUAGAAAUCAUAUCAGAACCAUUGAAAUUGGAGCCUUCAAUGGUCUAGCGAACCUCAACACUCUAGAACUCUUUGACAAUCGUCUUACUACCAUCCCAAAUGGAGCUUUUGUAUAUUUGUCUAAACUGAAGGAGCUGUGGUUGCGUAACAACCCCAUUGAAAGCAUCCCUUCUUACGCUUUUAACAGAAUCCCUUCUCUGCGCCGACUAGACUUAGGGGAGUUGAAAAGGCUUUCAUACAUCUCAGAAGGUGCCUUUGAAGGUCUGUCCAAUUUGAGGUAUUUGAACCUUGCCAUGUGCAAUCUUCGGGAAAUCCCUAACCUCACACCUCUCAUAAAACUGGACGAGCUGGAUCUUUCUGGGAAUCACUUAUCUGCUAUCAGACCUGGUUCUUUCCAAGGACUGAUGCAUCUUCAAAAACUGUGGAUGAUACAAUCCCAGAUUCAAGUGAUUGAGCGGAAUGCCUUUGAUAACCUUCAAUCACUAGUGGAGAUCAACCUGGCACACAACAAUUUAACAUUACUGCCUCAUGACCUCUUCACACCCUUGCAUCACCUAGAGCGAAUACACUUACAUCACAACCCUUGGAACUGUAACUGUGACAUUCUGUGGCUCAGUUGGUGGAUAAAAGACAUGGCACCUUCUAAUACUGCUUGUUGUGCUCGGUGUAACACUCCUCCCAAUCUGAAAGGGAGGUAUAUUGGGGAGCUCGACCAGAAUUAUUUCACAUGCUAUGCUCCUGUGAUUGUGGAACCUCCUGCUGACCUCAACGUCACUGAAGGUAUGGCUGCUGAGCUGAAGUGCAGGGCUUCCACAUCCCUGACCUCUGUAUCCUGGAUUACUCCAAAUGGGACAGUCAUGACACAUGGGGCAUACAAAGUGCGAAUAGCUGUGCUCAGCGAUGGCACAUUAAAUUUCACGAAUGUAACUGUGCAAGAUACAGGCAUGUACACAUGUAUGGUGAGUAAUUCUGUUGGGAAUACCACUGCUUCGGCCACCUUGAAUGUUACUGCAGCAACCACUACUCCCUUCUCUUACUUUUCAACAGUGACAGUAGAGACUAUGGAACCUUCUCAGGAUGAGGCAAGGACCACAGAUAAUAAUGUGGGCCCCACUCCGGUGAUCGACUGGGAAACCACCAAUGUGACCACCUCUCUCAUGCCACAGAGCACAAGGUCAACAGAAAAAACAUUCACCACCCCAGUAACUGAUAUAAACAAUGGGAUCCCAGGAAUUGAUGAGGUCAUGAAGACCACUAAAAUCAUCAUUGGCUGUUUUGUGGCCAUCACACUCAUGGCAGCAGUGAUGCUGGUUAUUUUUUACAAGAUGAGGAAGCAGCACCAUCGACAAAACCAUCAUGCGCCAACAAGGACUGUUGAGAUCAUUAAUGUGGAUGAUGAGAUUACAGGAGAUACACCCAUGGAAAGUCACCUGCCCAUGCCUGCUAUUGAACACGAGCACCUAAAUCACUAUAACUCUUACAAAUCUCCCUUCAACCACACAACAACAGUUAACACAAUAAAUUCAAUACACAGUUCGGUGCAUGAACCGUUAUUGAUUCGAAUGAACUCUAAAGACAAUGUACAAGAGACUCAAAUUUAAACAUUUACAUAAUUACAGAAAAUAAUCAAAAAAAGACAGUUUAUUAAAAAUGACACGGAUGACUGGGCUAAAUCUACUGUUUCAAAAAAGUGUCUUUACAAAAAAAACAAAAAAGAAAAGAAAUUUAUUUAUUAAAAAUUCUAUUGUGAUCUAAAGCAGACAAAUUAAUGUGUAUUCCUCAGAACCUGUUUUUGCUGCACUUACUAUUUCCCCACAUCUCGUCCUUGCCUUCCCCAAUUGCCAUAUUUUUCAUAGGAGAUCUCAAUUCCUUAAAGAACUGGUAUAGGGAAUUUUGUAAGAAUUCUGUUACACUUUGAGAUUUUUAUGGUGAAUUCGUGGUGAGAUCAGUCUAUUUUGUCUUCCUUUCUCUAUUUCUUCCUUUUUUGCUUUUCUUCCUCCAUGCCCUUAUGAAGUAGUCCAAUGGGGAAUGCAAUACUAGAAAUAGAUUUUUAGAAAGAAGGAGGAAAAUUGCAAGAUCUUAUAUUUUCAUGUAAUAAUCUGUUCUGUAUUUAUGAAGAGGACCAUUCUAUGGAAAGGGGGUAAAAAGUAAGCAAACAACAAAUUAAUUUCCAUAUGAGCAUCUAUAAAACCCAUGAUCUUUUAAACACUCUAGAUCCAGAAUUUGUAGUUCAAAGACUAAAAAAUAAGAUUACAAAUAAAAUAUUGUUGGUUUUUUUGUA